UUUUGGAACAACUUAAUGUGUCUUGUCAGAAUUACGAAAUUAUGGUCCUGGAAAGGAGUGUAUGAUCACCUGAUAUAAACCAACACCAACCAGAGGAGGCGGAACAAUGCCAGACUCCGCCCUCUCUCCACCCGUUCCACCAAUCACCGCUCUGAACAGUUCCUUGUACAUAUCGAAUUGCUCUUUCGCUAACCUCUCCACAGUCGCAUAUGGCGAUGAGUGCUAUGGCAGCCACUCUUUGUUUGUUGUAAUGGCGGUUGCCUACAGUGCUGUGGUACUGUUGGGUGUCGUUGGCAACCUGGCUCUCAUCCUUGUCAUCACACGGCAACGGGAACUUCACAACGUCACAAAUGUCCUAAUCGCAAACCUUUCUGUUUCGGACCUGCUGAUGUCCCUAGUGUGUCUGCCAUUCACCUUCAUCUACACCUUCAUGGACCACUGGGUGUUCGGGGCGGUCAUGUGCAAACUCAACAGCCUGGUCCAGUGCUGCUCCGUCUCAGUGUCCAUCUUCUCCUUGGUUCUGAUCGCCAUUGAGAGGCACCAGCUCAUCCUACACCCUCGCGGAUGGAGGCCCAGCCUGAACCAUGCCUGCCUGGGCAUCAGCCUCACCUGGGCCCUGGCCGCCCUCACUGCUACACCCUUUCUGUUGUUCUCCAGGGUGACAGACGCCCCGCUGAAGCAGCUGCCCUCAGUGUUUCAGGAGCAGUACAGGGGAAAGGUGGUGUGUGUGGAAGAGUGGCCCUCCAGAGAAAUCAAGCUCACCUACACCACUGGCAUGCUGGUGCUGCAGUACAUCACUCCUCUCACCUUCAUCUUCAUCUGUUACCUGAAGAUCUACACUCGUCUGCAGCGGCGUAAUAACAUGAUGGACAGAAUACGGGAAAACAAAUACCGUAGCAGUGAGACUAAACGGAUAAACAUCAUGCUCUUUUCCAUCGUCGUGGCAUUUGUGGUUUGCUGGCUCCCGUUGAACGUCUUUAACGCCGUCAUCGACUGGAACCAUGAAGUGGCUAUGAACUGUACCCACAAUCUCCUGUUCUCGCUGUGUCACUUGACUGCGAUGUGCUCGGUCUGCAUAAACCCGGUGUUCUACGGCUUCCUAAACCACAACUUCCAGCGGGACCUCCGGGCUUUCCGACUCUGCAAGAUUGUGUCAGUACGGGAAAAUGAAUAUGACAUGGUUGCCAUGUCCACUAUUCACACGGACGUGUCCAAGAUGUCACUGAAAAAUAGUAGCAUAGAUUUCUAG